GCGGAGGCUGAGGAUAUUUGUUGCUGCGCCGCCACCGCCCGAGCCAUGGUCCGCGAUUCACUCCGGCUCUCUUAGCAGCAGCCGCCGCCGCCGCCGCCCUGUGAUCUGCGGCCUCACUCGCUCCUUCUGCUCCCGCUGAGCCACUUUUCCGCUCAGCGCUAUGACCGUCGUUUCUGUCCCACAGCGGGAGCCGCUUGUUCUCGGCGGCCGCCUUUCGUCCAUGGGCUUUUCCACCCGCGGUUACUGCGGCGCCCUCCCGAUGGUUACCGCUGCUCCUCCGCCUUUACCCCGGACCCCGGACCCCCGGGCGCCACCUCCCACCCUCUUCCUCCCUCACUUCUUGGGGGGAGACGGUCCCUGCCUGACCCCCCAGCCUCGCGCCCCGGCACCUCUCCCCAGCUGCAGCCUCGCCGCGGCGGGGGGCACCCCUCGGGCGGCACCAAAGAAGCGACGAAAGAAGAAGGUGCGGACCAGCCCGUCGGGGCAGCUACCCAGCCGCUUCCACCAGUACCAGCAGCACCGGCCGAGCCUGGAGGGCGGGCGGAGUCCCGCGGCGGGCCACUGCGGAGCGCAGCAAGUCCCGGACCAGGCCCAGGCCGCCGCCUGGGUCCCAGCUCCUGCGACCGCAACCCGAACUGAGGAAGCGAGCCCUUUACUUGGCCCGCUGCCGCCCGCGGCGCCCGGCCAACCCUCGUUCAGAAGAGAGGUUUUAAAAUCAAAGAUGGGAAAAUCGGAGAAAAUUGCCAUUCCCCACGGCCAGCUUGUUCAUGGUAUACCCUUGUGUGAACAACCAAAGAUAAACAGACAGAAAAACAAAUAUAACUUACCACUAACCAAGAUCACCUCUGCAAAACGAAAUGAAAAUAACUUUUGGCAGGAUUCUGUUUCAUCUGAUAUAAUUCAGAAGCAGGAAAAAAAGCCUUUUAAAAAUACUGAGAAUAUUAAAAAUAAGCAUUUGAAGAAAUCAUCAUUUCUAACUGAAGUGAGCCAAAAGGAGAAUUAUGCUGGGGCAAAGUUUAGUGAUCCACCAUCUCCUAGUGUUCUUCCAAAGCCUCCUAGUCACUGGAUGGGAACCACCAUCGAGAAUUCCAACCAAAAUAGGGAGUUGAUGGCAGUACACUUAAAAACUCUCCUAAAAGUUCAGACUUAGAUCUCAGUAUGUAUGUAAAACAUAGUUUUUCCAAAAUCCCUGGACUCCUUGAAAAGAAGUGGUACAGAAACGGAAAAUUGCCUUGUUGUAACAUACAAGGGCAGAAGAUGAGUUUAAAAAAUUACAAACAGCUUGUAUUAUAUUUUAUAUUUUGUAAAUACUGUAUACCAUGUAUUAUGUGUAUAUUGUUCAUACUUGAGAGGUACAUUAUAGUUUUGUUAUGAAAGUAUGUAUUUUGCCCUGCCCAGAUGGUAGGUGUUUUGUAUAUAUACAAUGGAGAAAUUUUAAGUGUGCUAAGGCACAUAUAAGACCGAUCUAUUUGCACAAGGUACUGAGAUUUUUUUCAAGAAACAGCUGUUGAAUCUCAAGGUGAAGAUCUCAAUGUGAACAGUUUACUAAUGCACUACUGAAGUUAAAUCUGUGGCACAAUCAUUGUAAACAUAGGGUUUGUCUAUGUUUCUCUAAGUUGAUUUCUGCCUUCUAAUCUGUAAUUACUGGAAAACUUCUAUUCCCAUUUUUACCAAACUUAAUUUCUGGUUUUUGGUUUAUAUCCAUUCAGAUUUAAAAUUUUAAUGCCAACAAAAUCGGUUGUAAUCAAAUUUUAAAACAAUAAUAAUAAUUUGGCCCCCCCCUUUUAAGUCUUGACUCUUUGUGUGUGAUUGUUUUUCAUGUUUGAAUGUGUAACUAGGAGAUGGAUUUUAACUUUCCAUUUCACUGGCUAAAUGUUUAUACUAAUUGUAUGUCCUCUUGAAAUUUGGAGAGUCUAAUUUAACACUACUACCUCUAAGGGGAGGAAUUCCCCAUCUUACGAAUGGAAAUGGUUGUGGGCAAAAAGUAUAGCUGAUUUAGUUUAUAGCUUAGAAUAUGUUUUUUUAUUUUUGAACUGUUUCGUAAGGUACCACAUUUACAAUGAAGGAAAAUGGCACUUGUUUGGUUUUCAAAUUUUGUUUUCAAACUUUCAGUAUACUGGUUUUCAAAAUCAGUAUAUUGAUACUGAAUGGGAUACUUGAAUCAAAGCAAAUAUAACAUAUUAAAAUAAUAGAUGGAGAUUUUGGAAUCUGAAGCUUGUUUGAAGUUACUGUAGCAUAUGUGUUUUUUACUUGAAAAUUCAAACUUCUACUCAAUAGUGUAUAAGGUCUAUUCCAAUAAGAAAUUCUAGAACACAAUUUUCCCUUUUCAUUAUACAAAGCCAAGGUUAUCCCAAACAGUACAAAGGAAAAAGUGGUCAUGAGUAAUUGAUCAAUAUUUAGACAUGUGAAAAUGUAAAGUUGUUAAAAGGUUAUAUAUGAUUUUAUAAAAUAGUGUAGAUGAGAAGGUGCUACCAUCCUGAGGGGAAGAAAUGAGUCAUAGUCUCAAUUUCUUGGACCCUUUGGUUCACACAAGGGAGGGCCCACCUUUAGAAUCCUGUUGCCUUGACGAGCAGUGCCAGGAUGGUGUGAUGACUCGUUACUGCCGCCACAGAAUCCCAACAAUUUACAACUUGUAAACAACCCGUCCGGCCAUUUUGCUUUGGCACUGAUUGUAACAUGCCUUGUUCUUACGAAUUUAGAGAAAGUUAUACAUACAGAUCUAUAUAGCUAGAUUCUUAAAAAGCAUUUAGAGAAACUAAGAUACAGGUGCACUUUCAACCUUGUAAAGACUUUUUUUUUUUCUUUUAGCCGAGAGGAGUGCUAAUACACUGGUAAAGAAGAUGGCUAAAUUUUUUAAGGGAUGAUAUAAGGAAGUUAUAAAAAAAUUUUACAGUUUGAAAAGUGGUUGAAAAUAGACUACAGAUAGAUUUAGUGAGAAGGUGUUUACAAAUUUAAGUUGAAUAGGUUUGGUUUUACAGUAAAACAGUUAUUUAGCAGUCUUAGUCUCUUCAGACUACUGUAACAAAAUACUAGAGACUGGGUAGCUUGUAAACAAAAUUGCUCAGUUCUGUAGGCUGGGAAGUCUUAAGAUCAAGGCAUCAGCAGGUUUGGCGUCUAGGGCUGCCCAGGUGGUGCUAGUGGUAAAGAGUGUGGCUGCCAAUGCAGGAGAUGGAGGUUCCAUCCCAGGAUCAGGAAGAUCCCCUAGAGGAGGGCAUGGCAACCCACUCCAGGAUUCUUACCUGGAGAAGCAUGGGUAGAGGAGCCUGGUGAGCUACAGUCCAUAGGGUUGCAAAGAAUCUGGACAGGACUGAAGUGAGUUGGCACGUAAGUGAGUUGCUCGCAGAGCCUUCCUGAGGUUUGUAGCCGGUGGCCUUUAGCUGUGCAUGCACAUGGCACAGGGGUGGGGGGCUUUUGGGGCUCCCUUUUAUAAGGACAUGAAUCCCAUUCAUGAGGGUUCCUGCCCUCCUAAUCACUUGCAAAGUCUCUACCUCCUAUUACUGUCACCUUGGGGGCUGGGUUUCAACAUAAAAAUUCAGACCGUAGUGCAGCCUAAUUAUUCAGCAAUUAUUUUUCCCCUAUUGGAGUUUCUUGAAACAUUUCCUCCCAAUGUUCCUGUAAUUUGUUUUGUGGGGGUAUAAAGUACACUGCAGUUUUCUGCUACAGACCUAAAUUUAAACUAAUGGCCUAGUUUAAAAUUGCAAAGGGGUAAAAGGUGUGAGUGGAAAAAAAUUGUUCUAUGCAGUGGCACUUCCCCUGCAAAACACACAUGUGACUUAGAAUCUUAUACUGAAGUGUCUUUAGGUAAAUUUGUACAAUUUGAUACUGAGUUUAUUCAGUUCAUACCACUGAUGCAGUGACAAUAUAGAAAGCUGCUUUUAUUUGCAUUAAUCUUGGUGCUAAGUAAUUCGUGUCCUUGCAGAAUGAGAAAGGAAAAAGUAAUAAAAGACCAAAUUACAAUA